GGCGGGUAAUAUGAUAACUGUCCGUACGCCUUUGGUGUCCCAAUGUGCUCGUGACAAAGGCUGUCGCUGAUUACCCGCUGUGUAUGAUAAAGGCGUUCUUCGUUAUGUUUUGGAUUAUUCUGGCGCUAAUUAGCCCGUAAACCUUCACCCUACACAGCUCGACAGAUUGGGUAUGUGCGAUGCCGCCGUUUUCUGUCACAUGCCAUCAAUGAGCACAUACAACAAAUCUCAUAUCGGCAACGAAAUUGGUUGCAAAACGCUGGAUUAUCUUAGUUCCUUUGCAAACCUGGAGAGUGGAGCCAAAUCAUCGUAUGAUUCUGAUGACUGCUCCAAUCCGAACAGUCAAUCGAAGCUUCGUUAUGAUCCUGUUGAAUCAUUGGCGACUCCACAACCCCAAGAGACCAUCAUCGAUGGUUUUUCCAUAUUGUCAUUCAGAACAAAAGAGGAUCUCACGCUGUAUACGCAACAUACCAACGCGGAUCGACUCAAGGCGUCUUCCACACACAUAUCGGAUGAUAAAGCUACGCGAUCUCGACGUACGUGUGCGACAACAAAGAGACGAACCAAGGCGCAUUACAACAGGGCUUUGGAGGAUUCUCGUGGUGACAUGUUGACAGCCGUUGGUGGUGUUGAACCUUCGGGCGUAGACGCACUGGAUUCGGGUUCGGACCAUAAGAACGGGCGUUUGACCAAUGGUCUUUGCAUCGAUGACGUUCAGUCCAACAGGUCGCUUGAUGCGUGUAUCAAAUUCUCAAUGCCGGAUUCGGAUUCAGAGCACAACUGCAGAUCAAAUCAGCCCGAUGCUAAUUCGGCAAACCAGUUAACUCCGUUCCGAAUUUCCAAAUAUCGACCGUCCACUUCUCCAGGAGCCAACCGCGAUGCCACCUUUGAGCCGAUAACCCAUGAUGAACAGUACGGAUCACGUCCGUCUUCACGCCUGUCUGUCGGUACAGUCGGUUCUGGGCGUUCGCACUGCACAGAGGAUAGCAAACAGUCUAGACCGUUAUCCUACGCAGACGCAGUGUUAGCGACUACGCUAGACUGUCACUUAGCUCCACUUUCCACCACUUGGAGUGAUCAUAUACCGGUGGGUUUUAGACAGGCGGAAAGAUACUGGUCGUUCUGUUCGUGAGACUUUUUUCUGCAACCACUGACUUUGCCUUCAUCCACUAAAGACACAUGUUUCGGUGUCGUAGACAAAUGAUUCGUUUAUGUUUAAAUCGGAAUUCUCACCUUACGUUUGUGUUUGCUUGUGCGUUGGAAUGGCUUCCGGCUUUUUCGUCGCUAUGUUGACCACUUUUUCUCUGUUUGUCAGACCUGUUUUCUAGCCUAAGUCGUCCUGUCACUCUAGUCCUUUUUGCGUUCAUGGUUCGGUGACUACUAAGCUACCUUUAUUUGUACUCGACAGUUAUUAACUUCUGGCCGUCUGUGUCAGACUUUCAUGAUGAACUCCUUGCAAC